AUGCCCAUAUUCGGAGACAAACCGCAUACGUCGAUCACGGUAAAAGUCAACCAGCUCUCAAAACCAAACAGAAAUGAGGAUUUGGAAGAUGACUCAAUUGAGCUCUACUUGUCGGAUUUGAUUUCAUUGAUUAAGCUCCAGCCGGGGCCAGGACCUUCAGAGGCCGCAAGAGCAAUUCGCAAGAACAUCAAGUACGGUGCCACAGUGCAAACGCAAUUGAACGCAUUGCAAUUGCUUGAAUUACUUGUGCUUAAUGCUGGUCCGAAAAUCGGCCCCGUCUUGGCCUCUGAUGAAAAAUUGCUAGAUGUGUUGAAGGGCAUAAUUACAGGCUCAGGGUCCACGGGAACUGGAGCCAAAUACGAUCGUGCUGUGCAACAAAAGGCAAGAAACUUGGCUGUGGGUUGGAAACUGGAGCUUGCAGGCUUGGAUGGGUACAAGUACAUGGCCAACUUGUGGAAAGUAGCCGGAGGGAGACGAAGAAUGCUGGACUCAAGAGGCAGUGGUGGUGCUCAUCGUGGUCACAGAAGAACAACAAGUGCAUUUGGCGACGAAAACGCCUUGGAUGAGCCCGAGGAUCUUAUAGACAGAGACGACGAGCCCAGAGCAAGUUCUCCAAGGAAUCACACAGUCUCUCCACCCAGACCAGCCAAAAAGUCUCCCCCACCACGUCCAGUCACGGCAUCACCAUAUUCUAGUACAAAUCACAAGAAUGAUACAUCGUCUACAAGGAAGCAAUCGAAGUUGAAGAAGAAGAAGAAGAAGAGAUCUAGGUUUGGUAUCGUCUACGCAGACGAGCAAUACAGAAUCCCUCAGAUUAACUACAAAGUCGAGGCUCCGAAGAUCAGAGCCGUUCUUUCGGACUGUCAAACACAUACAGCAGCAUUGAACAACGCCCUUCUUCACAUUCCUGCUGGCACCGACCCCUUAGACGACGAAAAAGCUGCGCGGGAGUUUGAGAAGUGUAGAAAAGUCAGAAGGAAGGUUCUUCAAUACUUGCAAUUCGUUGGAGCUGGCGAAGAGGCCUCUAAAUCCAAGGAGACGCUUGAGAUGGAGGAAGAGUUCUUGGGCUCGUUGAUUAUGGCUAACGAGCAACUUGUGAAUACAUUCACCCAAUUUGACAAGGCUGCCGGCUACACCGCUGAGAACCCGGGGCCGCACCACCAUGAUGCGGCCAGCGAUAGCGACAGCGAUGAGAGCUAUUAUUCUAGUGACUCUGAAGAAGAGGAAGAAGAGGAAGGCGUAAAGGACUCCAUCGAGCAGAGACUUGAGUCUGCGCACAUUCUGGAGGGCACUUCUUCAAGACUACAAGAAGCUGUGAAGAGACCUCCACCUGUGCCACCAAGCUCGAAGCCGACCUCCAAAGAAUUGGGUUCAGAGCUCGAGCCGCUUCACAAAGUGUCCACGGACGCCACUGGUGCCUCAGUGGUCAGUGAAGACCCAUUUGGAGACAGCCACGAAGUGUCUAGCACCUACGCACGCUGA